GCCAGUCUUUUGCCUUCCUCCUCCGAGUCCUCUCACAAGCCUCAACCCAAUAUUAUCAUUCCAUAAAUACCCCUACCGCGCUCUGAAUUUAUUUACUCAGUGUUACUUUCUCCUUUACUUUUCUUUUUGCCCUUUUGAUGAUGAGCUGAGGGCUGCAGAAAGAGCGCAAGAAUACACUCAACACUCAAAAAAGCUUCUUCAGAUUCCCAUUCUCGGUGUCUUCCAUUAUCUCUUCUGGGUCCUUCUCUUCUUCCUCUUUUAAAGGGAGAGAAAAGAAGAGAGGCCUAAAGAUGAGAUUUUGUUCCAUGGGUAUCCUUCCUUUUUCUAAUUAUUUCAUCUGGGUUUUUUGGGUUUUAGCUGUUUGAGGCAAAAAAAAAAGAAGGAAAAAAAAGGAGAGUUCUUGGUUGGAAUUCUUUGUUGGAGUUCAUUAACGGAGGACUGAAGAAAGAGUGGGGUUGUUUGAGUUUGCAGUUAAUAAAUGGAGGGCAUAAAUGUGUUGCCUUUAUUUGUGUUUUCAUUGUUUGUUAGUCUUUGGAUGAGGGGCCAUUGUCAGAAUGAUACAGCCAUUUAUAUUGUCACAUUGAAGCAAGCUCCUGCUGUGCAUCAAACUGGUUUUGUUAAAGGAUUUGCAAGCAGUGAGAUCAACAACGGGGCCUCUGGAGCAACGAAUACCCUUAAUAAGCCAAAUAGGAAUGCUUCAAGAACAAAUACAAGUUAUGGUUCACGCCUUGUUCAUCUUCAAAAUUCUCUAUUAAGGAAAGUGCUAAAGGGGGAAAAUUAUUUGAAGCUCUACAGCUACCAAUACUUGAUCAAUGGCUUUGCGGUUCUGAUUACUCAGCAACAGGCAGACAAGCUAGCUAGGAGGAGAGAAGUUGCAAAUGUGGUAUUGGAUUUCUCUGUAAGGACGGCUACUACGUAUACUCCUGAAUUCUUGGGACUGCCACAAGGAGCUUGGGUUCAAGAAGGAGGACCUGAUGUCGCUGGAGAAGGAAUUGUUAUUGGAUUAAUCGACACAGGAAUUGAUCCAGCACAUCCUAGCUUUUCUGACGAUUUUUGUCAAAGCAAUUACCCAGUUCCCAGCCAUUUUUCUGGUGUUUGUGAAGUGACAAAGGAUUUCCCUUCCGGGUCUUGUAACAGAAAGCUUAUUGGAGCUCGUCAUUUUGCAGCUUCUGCUAUAACAAGAGGGAUUUUUAAUUCUUCUCAGGACUAUCCUUCACCAAUUGAUGGUGAUGGGCAUGGGACACAUACAGCAUCGAUUGCCGCUGGUAAUCAUGGAAUUCCUGUCAUUGUGUCUGGGCAUCAUUUUGGGAAUGCAAGUGGCAUGGCUCCUCAUGCACAUAUCGCUGUUUAUAAGGCUCUGUAUAAAAGCUUUGGAGGCUUUGCUGCAGAUGUUGUUGCUGCCAUAGACCAGGCAGCUCAAGAUGGUGUUGAUAUCAUAAGCUUGUCAAUCACUCCUAACAGGCGUCCACCUGGGCUCGCAACUUUCUUCAAUCCUAUAGAUAUGUCGCUGCUUUCGGCUGUAAAAUCUGGAAUAUUUAUUGUCCAAGCAGCCGGCAAUACUGGACCUUCGCCAAAGAGCAUGUCUUCAUUCAGUCCGUGGAUAUUUACUGUAGGUGCUUCUGCUCAUGAUAGGAUCUACAACAACUACAUUGUUCUUGGCAACAAUCAAACUAUUCAAGGAGUUGGACUUGCGCUUCUACCUUCAGCUGCCACAGAUGGGGAUUCAAUGUAUACUCUGAUUUCUGCUACUCAUGCCCUGAAAAAUGAAACAGAAGAGGUAAAUAAUCUGGGAGAGUGCCAAGACUCAAGCUAUCUGGAUCAAGAUCUGGUUAAAGGAAACCUCUUGAUAUGUAGCUAUUCUAUUCGCUUUGUUCUUGGUAUGUCAUCAGUCAAGCAAGCUUUACAGACAGCACAAAAUGUUAGUGCAGCUGGCAUUAUUUUCUAUAUGGAUCCUUUUGUUCUUGGGUUUCAGCUCAACCCGACCCCGAUGGCGAUACCAGGACUUAUACUACCUUCUGCAGAUGACUCCAAGAUUUUCUUGAAAUACUACAAUGAUUCCCUAGUGAGGAAUGUAACUUCCAACUCGAUAGUCAAGUUUACUGGUGUUGCGAAAAUUUUAGGAGGUAUCAAAGCUAAUUACAGCAGUUCUGCGCCAAAAGUAAUGUAUUAUUCUGCCAGAGGACCUGAUCCAGAGGAUAACUUGAUUGCUAAUGCUGAUAUAUUGAAACCCAAUUUGAUUGCUCCUGGCAACUCAAUAUGGGGUGCUUGGAGUUCUCUAGGUGCGGAUUCUGCUGAAUUUCAAGGUGAGAGUUUUGCGAUGAUUUCUGGUACAAGCAUGGCAGCUCCCCAUAUUGCUGGUCUUGCUGCUCUAAUCAAGCAAAAAUUUCCUAAUUUUAGUCCUUCAGCUAUUGCGUCUGCUCUCUCCACAACUGCCACAGUCAAUGACAAGCAAGGUGGCCCAAUUAUGGCCCAACGGGCUUACAGCAACCCGGACUUGAGUCAAUCACCAGCGACACCAUUUGAUAUGGGCAGCGGUUUUGUUAAUGCCACAGCUGCAUUAGAUCCGGGUUUAAUUUUUGAUUUAAGUUUCGAUGAUUUCUUCUCCUUUCUUUGCGGCAUCAAUGGCUCUGCUCCUGUAGUUCUAAAUUAUACCGGUCUUAGCUGUAAUGUCUCCAACAUGAAUGGCUCAGACCUGAACUUACCUUCAAUCACUGUAGCAGUGCUUAACCAAUCAAGAACUAUCACGAGAACAGUCACAAACAUCGCCAAUGAUGAAAUUUACGGAGUUAGCUGGAGUCCUCCUUAUGGAGUCUCAGUUUCGAUAACACCCAAAAAAUUUUCUAUAGCAAGUGGGCAGAUGCAAAAUCUAACGGUUGUUUUGAAUGCUACAUUGAACAAUUCAUCUCCCAGCUACGGAAGAGUAGGUCUUUAUGGAAGCAAAGGUCAUGUGCUAACAUUUCCAUUGUCUGUGAUCUCAAAGAUCAUUUAUAAUAGCACAGUGAGCUGAAGGUGGCUCGAUUAUUUUAGUUUUCUCGCCAUUUUGACCCAAUUUUUUGUUGUUUGUAAAUUUUGAAAUGUCAAUGUAAUUAGAAGGGUGAUCGACAAAUAAUUGUAAUGGAUGUAUUUUUUUGUUUUACAGAAAGCUGAAAUUUAAUUAAAACAGGUCUAAGAUUGUACUGGUUUUUGCUGUUAAAUGGUUCAAGUAUGUGGAUUUUUGUCUU